CCGGGGCACGCGGCGGCGGCCCGCAAUGAGCUCGGAGCGGGGGAACGUGUCCCGCACGCGGCCCCAGCGGUACCAGAACGCGCACGCCUUCAAGAAUGACAAGUACGACACCAGCGCUCGGUGCAAGAAAAUAAAUGCUAAGCUUCAUGAUGGAGUGUGUCAGCAUUGCAAAGGUAUCUUGGAGUGGCGAGUAAAAUUCAGAAAGUACAAGCUACUGACAAAACCUAAAAAAUGUGUGAAAUGCCUCCAGAAGACUGUAAAAGAUCCUUAUCAUAUUAUUUGUCGACCAUGUGCUGGUAAACUAGAAAUCUGUGCUAAGUGUGGGAAACAAGAAGAAAUAGUGAUUCCGAUUGAUAAAGGACAAGACAGAACUGACAGUGAGACUUCUAAAAAUGACCAAGAGAGCAGUAAAUUGAAGGAUGAGCUGGAUUUUGAUACAAAUUUCACUAGUGCAGACAGUGAUGAAGAUUCUGAUGCGCUUGAAGAACAAUUUAAAAGUAUGAAUUUUGAAAAAACAGAGAUCUAAAAAGCUGUGUUUAUGGAAGAGUUUAUAUGCCAUCAAAUAUGGUAAACCAGUGCUUGCCCUUAAACUACUCCAAACCCUAAUUAGACAUCUAAGGUCCUUGUAUGUUAAUUUUGGCAUUGUCUAUGAUGAUGCAUGUGGGGAUUUGUAUUAAUACACAUUUUUAUGUAUUAGGAACAGAAUUUCUUUGAAAAUAUUCAGAAAAUAUUCAAUAUCCUAUCUGUAAGCAUAGUUAUUUAUUUCAUACAUAUAACAACUUCCUGUUUUUAUGGAAUAAAGUCUCUUUGUGUAAUUGUUCGAAAUUCAGUAUUAUGUGACCAUUUGAAGUGCUAUUGCUACCUGGAAACCUGCCUGAAAGUCUAGAGCAAACACGGAUAGGAAGAGCUAAAGCAGCUAUAACAGUUUUCUGAAGGAAGAACUUGCAGCAUUCUGUCAAUGAGUUUCCAAAUGGGAUCUUACCGUAGGCCAAGGUUUUAGUUCAUUUUUUUUCCCCACAAAAAAGAAACAAGUGUGUAAAUGCCAUCACCAGUACAGUUCAUGAGCAGUUAAAGCUUAUUUACCAUGUAUAAGUGCGCAUUACAGAUUUGUGACCUUGUUACUACCAAUAUUUUGUAAAGAAGAAACCUGCAGACUGUAGAAUUUCUCAUCACACUUUAGUUUCAUUUUCAGAAUUCAGAGAUUCAUCUGGAUCUGAUGUGAUAUGAAAAGACUUGCAUAGUGGAGUGAUGCAUAUAAAGUUACUCCCUUCCCAGUUUCUAUUCCAGUGUUGAUUAAGCUGUACAAAGAACUUAACUGAAGCUGCAGUAACUGUCUUUACAGGAUUUAGGAUGGUCUGAUUUCUUUUGUCUUCCUACUCUUGACAUUUAACUAACAGUAUAUAUAUACAUUAACCUGUGACAAUAUGAUAUGCCACAUCUGCUUUGGUGCUUUGCCUGAUUUGCAAUACUGAGCAUGGAAAAACUUGAUUCUCAAACUACAUUUUUCAAAUGCUCUGUGAGGAAGUUCAGCUCUGAGGUUGUUGCCCAUCCCUGCCUUGGAAUGAAGGAAAUACUGAAACUUGAUUCUUUGGGUGCAGAUAGGCACCCGAUGUCUGUCCUGUCAAGCUGGAAAACACCAAGAAGUGUUCAGUGGCAGAAAAGGAGUUGUCAGGUGUGUUCAGAAGUGUUGGAUCUGAAGGUUAUCUGAAGGUUUCAUUGACAGAUAAGUCUUCCCAACAGGACAGCAAUGAUAUCUGACUUAGUGUCACAUCUGUUGUCCUGCCAGUUGACGUCAACAAUGGCAGAGUAAACAAGGAAUAUCCCAUGCACACACUGCAGAUGACCAGGUAGGAGGGUGCAUGGAAAGAAGUUAAUAAGUAAGAUGGAGUAAUAGCUUCAGAAAGGGUCUCUCUGUAGGAAGAACCAAAAUUGAAUUUGGCUUUUGAAAGUGCCAUACGUAUGGGAAAUGUUCAUCCAGUUGGAAAAAUUUAUAACGGCCUUGUUCUUUGUUGAAAGGUGAGAGGAAAUCCUGGAAUGAUAGGAAAGCAUGUGAUGGAACUGGCAGAAACUGGAUAAUGAGAAAAUAAGGGGAAGAAUUCUCUUCUCAUAGUGGUGACACAACCUGUCAGUACCAGGAGUGAGCAGAGUGACAGAGAUAAACAAUGUGUUGCAACACAGUACAAAAAUGUUUGUACAAUGGGAAAGUCUGUGAAGUCUUCAUGUCACACUCCUGAUACUCUGUUCAGAGCUGGUACUAUCGCUGAUGAAACUGUGCUCUGAGUGAGUACAGCUGCAGUGGUGGCUGGCUGGUAUUAGUCCAGCCUGCCUGCAGACAGUUUUGGUUCUGGCAAGCCUUCUGUCUUUGGUUGUAGCUGUGGAUGAAGGAUAUACUGCUGGAAAUAAUUUCUGCAACACCAUUUAACAUGGUGGUUGUGAGUCAGCUUAUAAAAU